AUGAAGGUUGUUCGGAAACAAUUUAGAGAUAACUCAUCACAUGUAUGCUACGAUCACAUUGGAUGUUUUAGUAAUUCUGCACCAUUCCUUAACGCUUUUGGUUACCUACCGCUAUCUCCGGACCAUAUCAAUACUUCAUUUCAUCUAUACACACAAUUUGAUGUAAAUGUAAUUGUUGUGAUAUGGACGAGAGGAGCCUAUGACAAUUACAUCCAAGCUGUAGCAAAUACCCGGGUUGUCGGUGCUGUUACAGCUAACUUGGUCAAACUGUUACAUGAUGCUGGAGGGGUCAGUUAUGAUGAUGUGCACAUAGUCGGACAUAGUCUUGGUGCUCAUGUUGCUGGUUACGUGGGUCAAAGAGUCCCUAUAGGGAGAAUUACUGGUCUAGAUCCGGCUGGUCCAGAAUCUAAUACCGCCGAUCAAAGAGUAAGAUUGGACCCCUCAGAUGCUACAUUUGUUGAUAUUAUUCAUACUGAUGGUGCGCUUGGAUUUCGACAUACAAUGGGACAUGUCGAUUUUUAUCCAAAUGGUGGCAAAGUUCAGCCGGGUUGCUUAUUUGAUAAGAUUGCACCAUUUUAUAGCUGUGGUCAUAUGAGGUCGGUUUACUACUUUAUAGAAUCAAUAAAUACGAAUUGCCAUUUUUCAUCUCAUCCAUGUGAUAGUGAAGAUGAUUACAAGAACUUACUCUGUACCGGAUGUGGGAUUGGUUGUCAAGAGAUGGGAUACCAUAUUUCACGCAAUGCUCGUGGAACAUUUUAUUUGAAAACUAGUCCUAAUUCACUGUCAAGGUCAGUUGGAGAUUUAAUGGAUGAAGCAAAUAGACUUUAUUCAGACCUUUUAAAUAAUUAUAACAAAAUGAUACGACCAAUACAUGAUAUCAAGGAAAGUACCAAGGAGACAUUUGCACUGGUUUCAAAUGUUGAUGUGGGAUCAAUGUUUAGUGUAUUAUUUACCAUUAACAGAAACCCUUUAUUUUAUCUGGUAAACAUCAUGUUUCCAAUUAUAUUGCUAACGUUUCUAAAUUCGUUCGUAUUUUUAUUACCGGCGACGUCAGGUGAAAGAAUUUCCUUCUCCAUAACAGUCUUAUUAGCUAUAGCCGUAUUCAUGACAAUGAUAUCAAGUCAUCUACCAAAAACAUCACGAACCAUGUCAAGAUUGUGUUAUUUUUUAGUCAGCAACCUUAUAUUUAGCUGCAUAAUUUGUCUUCUCACUAUCAUACAACUUCGGCUGUUCCAUACAUGCGACACGCGUUCAGUUCCGACGUUUCUCCGGCGAUUAGUUAUCAUGUGUAACUCACAGAAGCAUAGGGAAUACUUCCCAAACGGUCAAGAUAAAUUACAAAAUGGAGGUGACACCAGUGAUAAUGAGGCUACACGAACAGACAAUUCAUUUCAAUAUACAUCAAAGAUUUAG